AUGGCCGCCUCCUCCCUGCUCCGCUCGCUCACCCGCCGCGGCUGCGCGGGCCCGGGCGCUUUCGCUUACCGCCACCAACAACAACAACCUUGGUCGCCCUUCUCCACCACCGCCGCUGCGGCGGCUGCGGGUACGCGGGACGAAGCGGCGAAGGGGUUCCCUGGACUGGGGCCGACGGCGAAGGGGGAGAAGGCCAGGGUGGUGGUGUUGGGGACAGGGUGGGCGGGGUCUCGGCUCAUGAAGGACCUCGACACGAAAGGCUACGACGUGGUCUGCGUCGCCCCGCGCAACCACAUGGUGUUCACGCCGCUGCUCGCCUCCACCUGCGUCGGCACGCUCGAGUUCCGCUCCGUCGCCGAGCCGGUCGUGCGCAUCCAGCCCGCCGUGUCCAAGUCGCCGGGCUCCUACUUCCUCCUCGCCCGUUGCACCGGCGUUGACCCCGAUGGCCACACUAUUGAUUGCGAAACAGUUACAGAUGGUGAGAAAGAUUCCUUGGAGCCAUGGAAAUUCAAGGUUGCUUAUGACAAGUUGGUUUUUGCCUGUGGAGCUGAGGCAUCAACUUUUGGGAUACAUGGUGUUACCGACCAUGCGAUCUUUCUUCGCGAAGUUCACCAUGCUCAAGAGAUUCGGAGGCGGCUCCUCCUUAAUCUGAUGUUGUCUGAUGUCCCUGGAAUUUCAGAAGAAGAAAAGCGCAGACUAUUGCACUGUGUUGUUGUUGGAGGUGGUCCAACAGGGGUAGAAUUUAGUGGUGAACUUAGUGAUUUUAUUAUACGAGAUGUCAAACAACGUUAUUCGCAUGUGAAGGAUUAUAUCCAUGUGACCCUGAUUGAGGCAAAUGAGAUAUUGUCAUCAUUUGAUGUUCGACUCAGGCAAUAUGCUACUAACCAACUAAUUAAGUCAGGUGUUAGGCUUGUGAAAGGAAUUGUUAAGGAUGUACAGCCCAACAAAAUAAUUCUUGACAAUGGAGAGGAAGUUCCUUAUGGUUUACUGGUAUGGUCCACCGGAGUUGGUGCUUCACCAUUCGUUAAGUCGUUGCCAUUUCCGAAGUCACCUGGUGGAAGGAUCGGUGUCAAUGAGUGGUUACGUGUCCCUUCUGUUCAGGAUGUUUAUGCCAUUGGUGACUGCAGUGGAUUUCUUGAGAGCACCGGCAAGGAAGUUCUCCCUGCUUUAGCUCAGGUUGCGGAACGACAAGGCAAGUACCUGGCAAGCCUGCUCAGUCAUAUCAUGAAAGCUGGAGGAGGGCAUGCAAACUCUGAGACUGAAGCAGAUCUGGGUCGACCCUUUGUGUACAAGCAUCUAGGCAGCAUGGCAACUGUUGGAAGAUACAAAGCUCUAGUGGAUCUGAGGCAGAGCAAGGAGUCAAGAGGGAUAUCUCUUGCAGGAUUUGUAAGCUGGUUCAUCUGGCGCUCGGCAUACUUAACCCGUGUUGUUAGCUGGAGGAAUAGGUUCUAUGUGGCUAUCAAUUGGCUGACCACACUCUUAUUUGGCCGGGACAUAAGUAGAAUCUAG